AUGUCAGGAAGAGACUCCCAAUACGACCACCACAUAACCAUCUUCUCGCCUCAAGGCCGCUUGUACCAAAUCGAAUACGCCUUCAAAGCCGCCAACAGUGAGGGACUAACUUCAGUCGCCGUUCGAGGGAAGGAAUGCGUCGCUGUCGUCACUCAAAAGAAGGUGCCAGACCGUCUCAUUGAUCCCUCUUCCGUGUCCAACAUCUAUCAAAUCACGGACAAAGUGGGCGCAGUGAUGACAGGGAUGACCACAGAUAGCCGCGCCCAGGUGACCCGUUUGCGGCAGGAGGCGCACGAAUUUCGGUUUAAAUACGGGUAUGACAUCCCUGUGCACGUUCUUGCCAAACGCAUCGCCGACAUCGCACAGCAAGCGUCCAUGCGCGCCUUGGCGACAGUGUGUAUGCUGGUGGGUGUGGACGACGAACGGGGCCCUCAGCUCUACAAAGUAGACCCUGCCGGUCACUUCUUCCCCUUCAAGGCCACCGCUGCCGGCGUGAAGCAGGACGAGGCGACCAAUUGGCUCGAAAAAAAAGUCGGGGAUUUGGGGGGUCUCGGGACGGAGGAGACGGUGGAACUCGCGAUCAUGGCCCUCCAGUCGGUGCUAUCCACGGACUUCAAGGGCUCGGAAAUCGAAGUGGGCGUGGUGGAAGGUGUAGGUGGUUUUUUCCACACAUUGACAGAAGGAGAAAUCGACCAUCAUUUGACGGCAAUUACAGAGAAAGAUGCAUGAGGUAGAAUUGAUGUAAUCAGGGCAGCAGUGGAGAAUGAGAGAGAUGCGCGGGAGGAGAGGAGGGGAAGGACGUGGGCCUGAGAAAAGGGUGCGUAAAGUGGGCUGCACCCAAAAGAAGUCACUUCCUG